ACUUUGCUCCAAACUUUACGCACGGAUGUGCUGCUCUGGACCUAUUUUACACUGGAUUUGGACAUACGCAGAUUCAUUGUAGAUUUAAAAACAUUUUUUUGAUUGAUUUAAAAACGCAGUUUGUAAACUUUUAACAAGAUUUUCUUCACCAAGUGGUUCGUCUCAUAACAGCAGACAAAUGCAGUAGAAUCGUUAAAAAGAUGAAAGUUCUGCUGAUAAAGUGGCUGGCCCUGGUGCUGUGUGGCAGCGUGCACAGCCUCCGGGCAUCCCCCGCUUUGGAGGGGGGUAACGGGGUCGAUGACAGCGCCUCGACCCUGGCCUUUGUGUUCGAUGUGACCGGCUCCAUGUACGACGACCUCAAGCAGGUGAUCGAGGGCGCCUCGCGGAUCCUGGAGAAGACCCUCAACCGGAGGACCAGGCCCAUCAAAAACUUUGUUCUGGUUCCAUUUCAUGACCCAGACAUUGGCCCAGUGUCCAUCACCACCGAUCCUAUUAAGUUCCAACAGGAUCUUCAAGAGCUGUUUGUCCAGGGUGGUGGCGACUGCCCUGAGAUGAGCGUUGGAGCCAUUAAGAAAGCACUGGAGGUUUCGCUACCUGGAUCCUUCAUCUAUGUCUUUACCGACGCGAGAGCCAAGGACUAUCGCCUGAAAAAAGAUGUUCUGCGGCUAGUGCAGCUCCGUCAAUCACAGGUCGUUUUUGUGCUAACUGGGGACUGUGGCGACCGCUCCCAGCCGGGCUACAGGGCCUACGAAGAGAUCGCAGCCACAUCCUCGGGGCAGAUCUUUCACCUGGACAAGCAGCAGGUCAAUGAGAUAUUAAAGUGGGUCGAGGAGACUGUUCAGGCCAUGAAAGUCCACCUGCUGUCCUCAAACCAUGACAGUGCCCAAGAGAACGAGUGGGAAGUGCCCUUUGACCCCAGCCUCCGAGAGGUCACCGUAUCACUCAGUGGACCUGCUCCACAAAUCGAGCUCAGAGAUCCCUUCGGACGUGUAGUUGGUGUAGAUCAGGGCCUUACCGAGCUCCUGAAUAUUCCCAACUCUGCUCGUGUUGUCAACCUGAAGUUUCCCAGGCCUGGAGCAUGGAAACUGAAGGUGAGAUGUGAUGGCCGCCAUACUUUGAGGGUCACAGGAGUCAGCAAUCUGGACUUCCGGGCUGGCUUUUCAAGCGUACCUGUUAAAGAGUUCAACCACACUAGGGAGAGGCCAAUAAAAGGACUUCCAGCACAUGUUCUGCUAAAAUGCACAGGCCUGAAGCGCCCAGGUCAACUGAGUCAUGUGGAGCUAAUAUCUGGCUCGGGGCGUUCCUUGCGUACCAUCCAGGUGCCUCCACCCUCUGACCUCGGCCAGCAAGGGCUGUGGAGUCUCCCAGAGAUCCGCACCCCUUCCCAGAGCUUCUUCAUUAAGGUGACGGGCCGAGACGAGGAGGGACAUCGAUUCCAGCGACUGUCCAGUGUCUUAUACACGAACAUAGUUCCAGAUCCCCCAGCUGUUAACAUGCCUGAUGUGGUGAAGGGUUUCUACAUGCAGCCCGCUGUGAUUCGCUGUUCGGUGGAAAGCGACAUGCCUUACAGGCUAAGAUUUGCUAGAAGUGGAAUGACACUGGGAGAGGAAAAGUUCUUCCAAAAAUCUGCCACUGCAUCAUGGGGGAUUGACCACGCUUCUGCAGAGGAUGAAGGCCUGUACGAGUGCAUAGCGCAAAGUGGAGCAGGACAAGGGCGCGCCUUAACCCAGCUAACUGUUAGAGAGCCUCCUCCUGUACUGAACCCAGCAAUAAAUGUGACUUCAUUAGUGGGAAGUGUGGCGGUGCUAUCCUGUCAAGUGGAGGGCUCCAUGCGCUACAACUUGACCUGGCAUCGAGCAGGUCGCACCAUCCGAGCCCGCUCAGGGAGAGUGAGGCUGCUGUCCAACUCGUCACUGCAGAUUAACAGCGUGCGGACUCAGGAUGCUGGGCAGUACCAUUGUGCCGCCACCAAUGCUCAAGGAGACACCAGAAUCACCGUAUGGCUCUUUGUCUCAGAGGCACCCUCUGUGGUAGUUCACCCCCAGAACCAGGUCUUUUCCCGAGGGGAUGAAAUCAGCCUCGUCUGCUCAGCGUCCGGCUCUCCCCCUCCAAAGCUCUUCUGGAGCCAUGGAAACACGUUCCUUGCUAAUCGGCCGCGGUUGAGUCUACACCAACAAGGAGUUUUGACUAUAAGAGGGGCUCUCCCUGAGGAUGCUGGGAACUACACAUGUCUGGCAAGCAAUGUGGCUGGGACUGCAUCACAGUCUGUCCAUCUGUCUUAUGCAGAGGUGCCUGUCGUCACAGUGGUAAAGCAGCUUCUACUUGUAGCUGUUGGGGGUGAUGCUACUCUGGAGUGUCGGGCUAGUGGAAUUCCCCCUCCUCUCGUCCACUGGUUCAAAGGGGAAUUGGAGGUGGGUACUGCUCCCUUUGUUGAGCAGGAUGUCCACCGCGGGAUCCUGCACAUUAGAGGAGUACAGGACGUGGAUGCUGGUCAAUACAGCUGUGUGGCCAGCAGCCCUGCUGGGACCUCCUCUGGUACAGUCAGUCUGGAAGUCGGAGCGGGCCCUUUGUUCUCUGAAGCACCGGCUGACAUGACAGCUAAUGUAGGGGAGAACAUCACCCUCCCCUGUGUGGCUCGAGGUUUCCCGCGACCAACAUUGACCUGGUACACACAAGACGGCAGACCCAUCCUCACAAGGACGGACACCCACAGUAGAAAAACACAACUCCAGAAUGGAUUCCUUCUCAUUCAGAGUGUCUGGCUGGAUGAUGAAGGGUUGUACAUCUGUGAGGCUGAGAACCAGUUCGGAAGCAUCAAAGCUGAGGCCAGAGUUAGUGUCACUGGACUAGAGCCCCCUCUCUUAGCUCAAGGUGCCCCCAUCAUCACCACUGGUAUUGCUCAAUCCUUGAGUAUCCCUUGUAUGCUGUUGGAUGGUAUACCUCUCCCAGAAAGACACUGGUCCCAAAAUGGAAAACCUGUUCGGCUGAGUAGGAGAAUGUUUGUGAGGAGUGAUGGAAGUUUGUACAUUGAGAGAGCCAUCCCAGAGGAUGCUGGGACAUAUGUGUGCACGGCAGUGAAUGUAGUCGGCUCCAUGAACAUCACAGUGAGCCUGGAGGUGCAUGUGCCGCCUGAGAUCAACGCUGGGCCCUACCGCUACAUAGCCAAUGAGGAUGUAGCCAUCACAUUAUCAUGCAAAGCCAGUGGUGUUCCCAAGCCAACUGUGGUCUGGUCUAAGGGACGGGAACCCCUGCCUCGGGACAGUGCUUCUCUUCAGGUUGACCCUGAUGGAUACCUCCACAUCCUCCACCCCACCACUGACGAUGCAGGAAUAUACAUCUGCACUGCCACCAGUCCUGUGGGUUACGCCAGUCAAGAGAUCCAACUCAGUGUUAACACCUUGCCUAAGAUAAUGGGUGUGAGUGGCCAUGACAGCACUGUGAAAAUGGCAGCAGAGGUGGGAACUGAGGUAGUUCUACCUUGUGAGGCCCAAGGGAGUCCGUCACCACUUGUCACGUGGAGCAGAAAUGGGCGUCCCAUCCCCCCUGUCACAGCCGGGUUCACUGUCUUACCCUCAGGCUCCCUGAAGAUCACUGACGUACGCCUGAUUGACAGUAAACUGUACACCUGCACAGCACUGAACUCAGCCGGCAAUGUGUCCCUAAGCUAUAAUUUACACAUCCAAGCCAAGCCCAGGAUUCAGCCCUCACCCCCUCUACUAAAAGCCGUGCUUGGCCAAACAGUCACGCUGCCUUGUGUGGUCCAGGGAGAACCAAGCCCAGAGGUCAAUUGGUUUCACAAUGGUCUUCCUGUUGAGUUCAAGAACACUUCACCACUCACAAUCCAGCAGGUCAGACUAGCUGACAAGGGAACUUACCAGUGUGUGGCGAGGAACAGCGCUGGACAGGAGACUUUGGAGAUUACGCUGGAAAUUCUCGAGGCCCCGUCCUUUGCAGAACCAGGAGAUGCAAUCAUGGAGAAAAUAGCGAACAGCAAGGUCAUCAUCCCCUGUCCUGCUGAAGGUUCUCCACAUCCCAAGGUGCGCUGGUUCAAGAACGGCCUGGAGAUACAUUCUGGACAAUCAGAGUUUUCUGUAACAAGGGAUGGAGCUCUUGUAAUUAGUAGAGCAUCUGCCAGCCACAGUGGAGAUUUCAAAUGUGUGGCGACCAAUGAGGCUGGCUCUGCCGACAGGAAGACCAGAUUGAAAGUGAAUGUUCCCCCUGAAAUCCAAGAUGAUGGCCAGGCACUAAACCUUACUGUGACCUUAAAGCAGCCUCUCACUCUAGGCUGUGAUGCCUUUGGGAUUCCCUCCCCGACAAUCACCUGGACUAAAGAUGGUCAUGCUGUGGACAGUCCUGGGUUGUAUCUCCAAAAUGGGAAUCGGCUGCUGAGAAUCUACAGAGUCCAGCCAGAACACGCUGGAGUUUUUGGCUGCACAGCUCAAAACUCAGCAGGAGAAGCACAUAGAGAAUAUCACAUUGUGGUGCAAGCUCCACCAGUAAUCUCAGGAACGUCUAAACUGCAAGAGUUAACUGCCAUCCUGGGCCAAGAAGUGGAGUUUCAGUGCAGAGUUAGUGGGCGUCCAGCACCCAUUGUGGAAUGGAGCCGCGAUGGAGAGGUUCUUUCCCGUGAUGGGGAUCCACAUGUGGAGUUUCUGGAGGAUGGCCAGGUACUGAAAGUGAAAACAGUCCGGCUGAGAGAUCAAGGACUUUACCAGUGUCUGGCCAGCAACAAUGCAGGGACUCAGAUACGCCAGUUCAGACUCACAGUGCAAGCUCCGCCCACGAUCAAAGGUCCCAGUGAGACCUCAGAGGUGUCAGUGGUACUGGGUUUCCCUACAGUCCUGCCCUGUGACGUAGAUGGUUCACCCACACCCAGUAUUACCUGGUUGAAAGACAACCAGCCCAUUGUGUCGAGCCCCCAGCUGACCUACACUCAGGGUGGGCAGGCUUUGAGGGUGGGCGCAGCCCAAGGAGACAGCACUGGCCUCUAUACCUGCCGUGCCUCCAAUCCCGCUGGCACUGCUGUCAAGCACUAUUCUCUCAGUGUUCUGGUGCCUCCACAAAUAGAGGGAGACUCUACAGCCUUAGGCACUCGGGGAGAAAAAGUACGAAUCAAUGGCAGUUUAACUCUCUCCUGCCUUGCUAAAGGUUUCCCUGAGCCCAAGGUUGCCUGGUUCAAAGAUGGGCAGCUUUUGACAGGAAACAGUCAUGUUGGCAUUCAGGCGAGUGGAUACUUCCUGCACAUAGAGAAUGCCAUGUUGUCCCAUGAAGGCCAGUACACCUGCGUGGUCACCAACUCUGCGGGAGAAGACAAGAGAUACUUUCAUGUUGCUAUACAAGUUCCUCCAGUCUUCCACCGUGUCACGAACAGAGAAGCAGCAUGGGGUCUGGAAGAUCGGGAGGUUGACAAGAAUGAGGACAUGGUAGAGAAGCGAGAGGUGGUACUCAGCCAUCCCAUCAGCCUCUCCUGUGAGAGUAAUGCCAUACCACCACCCAAGCUUAACUGGUAUAAAGAUGGACGGAAGCUCACCAGUGCUGAUGGAGUGCUAUUACUGCCAGGUGGACAGGUGCUACAGAUUGCCCAAGUACAGAAAGAGGAUGCAGGAAGGUAUACCUGUGAGGCCGUCAAUGAGGCUGGAGAGGACCAUAUGCACUUUGAACUGGAGGUCUUGGUAUCACCUGUGAUCAUGGGCACGUCAGAGGAGUUCUUGGAGGAAAUAGGAGCAGUGGUCAACAGCACCGUGGUCCUCCACUGUGAUGUGGCAGGACAUCCAAGUCCAGCUGUCUCGUGGCUUAGAGAUGGACAACCAGUUCACACAGACUCAGACCAUCUCAUUAGUGAGGAUAGAACACAACUCCAGCUGCUCAGUGUGAAGGUUUCAGACAUGGCCGGGUACAUGUGCGUAGCUGAAAACAAGGUUGGGUCAGUUGAGAAGCUCUUCAGUCUGACAGUUCAAGUACCACCGAGAAUAAUAGGCCCCCAAGAGGAGGAGCAUAGCGUCAUCGAGGGUCACAUGGUGUCGUUGCUUUGUGAUGUCCAAGCCUACCCUCCACCAGAAAUAACCUGGACCAAAGAUGGGCAGAUACUCCAGUUCAGUACUGGUAUCCACAUUCUCCCAGGUGGCCAGAUGCUGCAGCUGCCCCGAGCAAGAGUCGAGGAUGCAGGGCAAUAUGUGUGCACGGCCUCUAACUCAGCUGGCCAGGACCAGAAGAGUCUUCUCCUCAGUGUUUAUGUCCUUCCCACCCUGAAGUCUCGCCUUGAUGCUGAGUCAGACUUGGUGACCCCGCAGCUUGGCUCCUCUGUCACCCUGCGGUGUGAGGCCCACGGGGUCCCUGAGCCUGAGGUCACAUGGUAUAAAAAUGGACUCCAACUGGUCUCAGGGAAUGGACUGAAGGCAGAUCGCCACCAACUAGAGAUCACAGGAGUUCAGAUGGCGGAUGGUGGUACCUAUACCUGCAAAGUGUCCAAUGUGGCUGGCCAAGUAGAUAGGACAUUCAGGCUGACUGUUUAUGUUCCACCUGCCGUGGAAGGGCCUCUCCAGGAGACCUUAAACUACACUCUGGGCUCUCAUGUAUCUCUGCGGUGUGAGGCUUCAGGAGUCCCCAUGCCAAGCAUCACAUGGCUUAAAGAUGGAACACCUAUAGAGAGCAGCCUGCAGUGGCAGUGGUCAAUUAGAGGGAACCGUCUUGAGCUGGGACCUCUUACCCUUUCCCAUGCCGGAACUUACACAUGCGUGGCCAAGAAUAGCGAAGGGCAGGAACAGAAGGAGUACAUGCUCACAGUGCAGGUAUCCCCUACCAUUCUGGACUCCGACAGUCCAUCUGAGGUUAGUGCAGUCAUGGGAGAAGAGGUCACGCUUGAGUGCAAAGCAGCAGGAAACCCCGCACCACACCUGAGCUGGCUUAAAGAUGGCGUGACUUUGGAAGGGUCAGAUACUCAUCACAUUGCUAUGACUCCGGAUGGCAGCACGCUAACUUUAUUGAGGCUUAGUCCUGGGGAUUCUGCAACAUACACCUGUUUGGCCGUCAGUCCUGCCGGCCAGAAGAGCAAAAUCUACACCCUCAUUGUCCUUGUACCACCAUCUAUCUCUGGUGAGACCACAGAGCCCCGAGAAGUGCAGGCCACACAGGACAGUGCUCUCACUCUGGAGUGCCAUGCAGGAGGAAAUCCUCCCCCUCAGAUCAGCUGGCUGAAAAAUGGACAACCCCUAUUUCUCUCACCUCGUACACGCCUCCUCUCUGGUGACUCUGUGCUGAGGAUUUCUCCUUUGCUGUUGCCAGAUGCUGGAGUUUACACAUGCAUAGCUCGCAGUCGAGCUGGUCUUGCUGAGCUCAGCUACGAUGUCCAAGUCCAGGUGCCCCCUGGUGUGGAUCAUGUGGAACCAGUGGAACCAGUGACAGUGGUUAAAGGCUCCUUGGUAACGCUGACGUGUGAAGCCCGUGGUGUCCCUCCUCCAACACUGACAUGGAUGAAGGAUGGCCAGCCUUUGUCACUUCAUCGGAACCUUCUGCUGGAUGGACAGGAGACACGGCUGCAGCUGCCUGAUGUGGCACCUUCAGAUGCAGGCCUUUACAGUUGUGUGGCCAGCAACCAGGCUGGAAGCAGCACAAAGAGUUUUAACCUCACCGUUCUUGAGCCUCCAAAGAUAUCCCGCUCUAAUGGUGCCCCAGAAGAGCUGACCAUUGCAGUGAACAGCCCACUGGAGCUGCAGUGCCUGGCAGAGGGAGUACCACCUCCCACCCUAAGUUGGUUGAAGGAUGGUAGGCCCCUGGAAGGGAAUGACAUCAUUCAGGAGGAUGGACAGAUUCUCAGUAUUAGCAAAAUUCAGGUUGAGGAUGCAGGUCUGUACACCUGUUUGGCCAGCAGCCCAGCUGGAGAGGAUGGAAGAAAUCAUUGGGUCCGCGUGCAAGUCCCACCGACCCUCCUCGGCUCCGAAGAUGUGAGAACGCUGACAGUGCCAGUUAAUGGACAUUUGACCCUGGAGUGCUUGGCUGACAGUGACCCCCCUCCUGAUAUAGAGUGGUACAAGGAUGAGGUCAAGAUGCAGCUGGGUGGUCGUAUUCAGAGGCUUGCAGGAGGACAGUACCUUGAGAUACAGGAUGUUAGAACUGAGGACAGUGGCCAGUACAGUUGUGUGGUCACCAACAUGGCUGGAAGCACCAGUCUGUUUUUUACUGUGGAGAUUCUCUUGCCACCAAAAAUAAAGGAGAGCAGUGCGGUGGUGACAGCACAUAUCGGCCAAGAUGCAGUUUUACCCUGUGAAGUCGAAGAAGGCUUGUCUCCUACGAUUAUUUGGAGGAAAGAUGGCUUCCCCAUAACCCACGAUAAUAAUAAGUACACCACGCUAUCUGAAGGCUCCUUACGUGUGCGCGGCGUUCAGCUGAGCGAUGCUGGCCGCUAUCACUGCACGGCAUCAAACCAGGCAGGCUCAGACCACAGGGGAAUGGACCUUCGAAUUUUUGUGGGUCCUUCAAUCAGCCCAGGGCCAUUCAAUGUGACGGUAACCACAGGCGUCAGGGCUGUCCUGAGCUGUGAGACAACAGGUAUACCACCCCCUAAAGUAUCUUGGAAAAGGAAUGGCUCCCAUCUUGACAUCAGCCAGCAUCCUGGUGCAUACAGGGUACUAUCCUCUGGGUCCCUGGUACUUUUGUCACCAUCCAAUGAGGAUGAAGGUUACUUUGAGUGUACGGCUGUUAAUGAUGUUGGGGAGGAGCGCAGGGUCUUUGAGGUCAAGCUGCAAGUCCCACCAUCCAUUGAAGAUGACGUCACAGCCACCACAGCUGUGAAAAUGUCUCCCGUGGAGUUACCGUGUCAUGUUAAAGGACGACCUCAACCUACCGUAACCUGGACGAAAGGUGGAGCCCAACUCGGAUCCAGAGGAGGAAGUUAUCGUGUCCUUCCUACUGGGGUGCUGGAGAUAACUGGUGCAUUACCGAGCCAUGCUGGCAGGUACACUUGCUCAGCACGUAACCCUGCUGGAGUGGCACACAAACACAUCUCUCUCACAGUGCACGAACCUCCACAGAUCAGGCCAAUGACGGAGGAAGUACAAGUGGUGUUACAUCACGGGACUAUCCUGCCCUGUGAGACUCAUGGCUUUCCAAGACCAUCCAUCACCUGGCAAAGAGAGGGUGUUCCCAUAGCAGCAGGUCACAGGCUGGCAGUGCUCUCAAACGGUGCCCUUAAGUUUUCUCGUGUCACCCUUGGCGAUGCAGGAACAUACCAGUGCUUGGCGAAAAAUGAAGCUGGUGUGGCUGUGGGCAGAACCAAACUUGUAUUGCAAGUUCCACCGGUGCUGAGUGUGCCCCAUGUGGAGUACACUGCGGUGCUGGGCCAGCCAGCCAGUAUGGAGUGCGUAGCUGAUGGUCAGCCCCAACCAGAAGUUACUUGGCACAAAGACAGGAGGCCCAUUGUUGACAGCGCUCAUAUUCAUAUGUAUGCAAAUGGUACCUUGGUGAUUACAUCUACCCAGCACAGCGAUGCAGGCCUGUAUACAUGUACCGCCAAGAAUCUUGCUGGCAGAACCAGCCACGAUAUGAGACUGAUUAUUCAAGUCCCCCCCAUGAUUCCUCCUGGGCAAGCAGAGAUGUCAGUCAUUCAAGGAUUUCAGGCCUUGUUACCCUGUGCUGCUCAGGGUUCACCAGAUCCCAAAGUAUCAUGGGAAAAAGAUGGCGAGGUCUUGCUCAGCCUUCCUGGCAAAUUCACUGUCCUGCGGUCAGGGGAGCUGAUCAUUGAGAGGGCUGAGCCAGGAGAUGCUGGUGUGUUCACAUGUGUGGCCACCAAUGCAGCAGGUUCAGCAAGACAGGACAUUCACUUGUCCGUCAACAUGAGGCCUGCCUUCAAGGAACUACCUGGUGAUGUAACCUUGAACAAAGGACAGGCCCUGACUUUAUCCUGUCAUGCUCAAGGAACACCUUCUCCUGUCAUCUCCUGGACUGUUAACAACAUACCCUACUCAGGUGCCACUGUAGAUGAAGCAGGCAGGAGCACUGUGAUAAUUAACAAUGUUACUAUGACUGAUGCUGGGACGUACGUGUGUAUUGCCGAAAACAGUGUGGGCUCCAUCCGAGCGCUCUCUUUUGUCCGUGUUAGAGUGCCUCCAGUGUUGAAGGGUGAAGCUCGCACAUCUCAGACAGUUAUUCAGGGUGGCUCUGCUGUGCUCGACUGCCCGGUCCAUGGAGACCCCAACCCCAUCCUCCACUGGCUCUGGAAUGGGAAACCCCUGCACCGCUCUGUCCGCAUGCAGACACUUCACAAUGGAUCAUUGGUCAUUUACAGCAUCACUGCUGCAGAUGAGGGGGAGUACCAGUGCGUGGCCGAGAGUGAAGCUGGGUCGGCGGAACGGACCAUUACUCUGUUAGUUCAGAUCAAUGGAGGCUACUCCAACUGGCAGGAUUGGGGUCCUUGUAGUAGCACCUGUGGUCAAGGCUUCCAUGAGCGCCUUCGAUUUUGCAACAACCCAGUACCAACUAAUGGUGGACGGUCAUGCAGCGGGCCAAGCAUCGACUCCAGGAAAUGUCAAGCUGGCCUUUGUCCAGGUGAAGCCCCUCGCAGGACCAGAGGCAGCCUGAUAGGCAUGGUAAAUGAGCGGGAGUUUGGAGUGUCAUUCCUGGAGGCCAACAUCACAGAUAAUGAGGAAGAGGGCAGCAGCACCCUGCAGGCCCGCCUGGACAACAUCCCUCCAAGCGUGGGUCCCUUGCUGCGUGUACUGGUGUCUGUUUUUGCUCCCAUCUACUGGACCACUGUGCUGCAGAGUGGAGCCACCAGAAAUGGCUACUCCUUCACACAGGGCCAGUUCAGGCAGGAGUCUCAGUUGGAAUUUGACUCAGGGGAGGUCCUUCGUCUGACCCAUGUGGCCAGAGGACUGGAUUCUGAGGGAGUUUUACUGAUUGACAUUGUAAUCAAUGGAUUCGUUCCUCCUUCGUUGACAACCGCACAUAUAAGCCUCCAGGAAUUUGACGAGUCGUACGUGCAGACAGGCCAGGGACAGAUGUACUCCUGGUCAUCACAGACCCACCAGAGAGGAGGUAACCCCAUGGUGCUGCGUUGCAACCACAGCAUUAUUUACGAGGGUCAAGAGGAGCGUCACGGCCCUCUCCUCCAGCUGCUGAAGGUUUCUGGGAUGAACAGCGUCUACAAUAUGCUCACUCUAACACUGGACUUUGACUUCACUGCAAGCCUUCUCAUACCAGAUGGUCAUGGUGAAACCUGCCCUAAAGGCUUUGUCCUUGACACAACCUCAUAUUGCGCUGAUGAAGACGAGUGUGCCCUUCAGUCUCCCUGCUCUCAUUCAUGUAACAACAUCAUGGGAGGGUUUUCCUGUGUCUGUCCUUCUGGAUUUACCAUCUCCACAGAAACCAACACAUGCCAAGAUAUUGACGAGUGUGUGCAGAGUUCACACAUGUGCCACUACAACCAGCAGUGUGUCAACACAGUGGGCACAUAUCACUGCCAAGCCAAGUGUGGAGCGGGAUUUAAGCCCAGCAUCACCGGAACCAGCUGCGAAGAUGUGGACGAAUGCCGUGAGUCUGCUCUAUCCCCGUGUCAACAUCAGUGUCUCAACACACUUGGCUCCUACCGCUGCAUUUGCCACCCGGGGUACCAGCUGUCAGGACACCACUGCAUCGAUAUCAAUGAGUGUAUGAGAAACGUGUGUCCAGCUCACCAGCAGUGUCGUAACACAGACGGAGGUUACCAGUGUUUCGACAGCUGCCCUCCUGGCAUGACCACAGCAGAGAGCGGAGCCUGCGUGGAUAUUGACGAGUGUCAGGAUGGAAGUCACAUGUGUCGCUACUCUCAGAUCUGUCAGAACACAGUCGGCAGUUAUGGUUGUAUAUGUCCCAGAGGUUACCGAUCCCAGGGAGUUGGGCUCCCAUGUCUGGACGUUGAUGAAUGCCUGCAGACACCAAGUCCUUGCGUCUAUCAGUGCCGCAAUGUGCCUGGUAGCUUCAGGUGCAUGUGUCCGCCUGGAACAGUGCUUCUUGGGGAUGGACGCUCUUGUGCUGGCCUGGAGAGAGGACAGACCUUCACUAAUGGAACGAGAAUUAGGGCAAGACUUCGGCCACAGCUCGUGUCAUCCAUUGGCAGACCGAUUCUGUCCCGUCCUCAUGGAGUUUCUCGCAUUACCCGGCAGAGCUGCCCUGUGGGAUACACAAGCAGAGACGGCACAUGUGUCGAUGUGGAUGAGUGUCUGCUCAGGAACCCGUGCCAACAUGAGUGCCGAAACACUAUUGGCAGUUUCCAGUGCCUGUGUCCUCCAGGCUACCAGCUGCUACCCAACGGCAGGAACUGUAAAGACAUUGACGAGUGUUUACAACAAGGCAUUCAGUGUGGUCACAAUCAGAUGUGUUUCAACACGAGAGGAGGAUACCAGUGCCUGGACACUCCCUGCCCUGUAUCGUACCAGCGUGGGAGAAGCCCUGGGACUUGCUACAAGCCGUGCUCUCUGGACUGUGCCACAGGAGGAUCAUCUCUGCUCCUGCAGUACAAGCUCCUCACACUUCCCUCUGGCAUACCAGCCAAUCACAACGUAGUGCGCCUGUCAGCGUUCUCUGAGUCAGGCGUCCUGCAAGAACGCACAUCUUUUAUCAUACUAGAGCAAGAAUCCGAGACAGGUCUGAUGGGCCGCAUGUUUGGCAUCAGGGACGAGGCAGGAAGGGGAAUUAUCUUCACGCAGCAGCUCCUUGACAGACCAGGACUAGUGCGGCUCAAUGUGCAGGCCACCACCAUUUCGCAGCAGGGCCGUGUGACCUAUCGGAGCAUUUUCAUCAUCUAUAUAUCCAUAUCGCCGUUUCCCUACUGAGCAUCCCUAGUGACAUUGCUCCAUAGAGGCCUCAAGAUCAUUUUAAACCGACAAAGAUGCUCUGCAAAGAGAACUAUAAAAAAAAGUUUUUAAAAGAGAACAUGGUCGGUCAGUCAGUGAAGACAGAUCUGCUACUGGCACAUAAUGUAAAGACUAAAGAACUUAUGACUAAAACAUAGUGAAAGAACUAAAUAUUUGUUUUGUCCAUAUGCUCGACCACAGAAAAGUGAAUAUGUCCAAAUAUAUUCUCCGUAAAAAUGGAGCGUGCAAGGCAUCUGUCAUUUAAGCACUGAUAUUUACCACCACAGGCUUGGCUCUUUUAGUGUUUAAAUGUGUUAGUUUCCAUUGGAGGAUGUUUAAUGAGGGGGAAUAUAUGCCCAAGUAGGCCUAACAAGAGCGUGUUUUAACCCCUUCAUUAGUAGUGACAUUAGACAAUGUUUACUCUUAACAUUUGCCUAUUUCUCCCAUUUAUAGUAUUUAUUUAAACGACUCGAGCCACGUGUUUUUACAGUAUGUUGACAGUGAUAUUGCUUUUUUGUACUCUUAGCAUUUUGUUAGAAUGUAAAUAUGUUUAAAAGUGCCUUUCUGAAUGUAUCACAAACCUGAGUGGACUUCAUCGAGGCCACGAUUCAACUGGUGCUACAAAGAACGCAAUUUUUACAGGCGUUGAACUGCACUUACUGGUUGCGUAGUGCAGCUAAAAUGCAUUCAUGACAUGAUACACAAUACUGAUGUGUGAUCUUGUGGUGCUGAUGUACAAAACAAGCUUUAGAGUUUCAUUUGCUACCCAUUUAGCUUGUGAAAGAAGUGUUGACCCUACUCAAAGAUGUCAAACAAAUAUUUUACUGUAAAUUGUAUGUCGAGUAUUUUAAUAAGAAAUAAAAUAAG